AUGGACAAUUCAUUAGAAUUUAAGAAUUUUGGUAACAAGAUAUUGGAGGAUAGAAAGUUGAAUGCUAGAUUGGUGUUCUUUUGCAUGGUAGGAAGUCAUAGCUUCAAUUUGAGUGUAGAAACAAGUGAUUGUGAUUACUUUGGUGUAUACGCAUUGAAUGCAGAACAGAUAUUAUCGAAUGCAGUGACACAGGCACCUUUGAUCGACGGCCAUGAACCAGUCGAUUUUGUAAUGUACGAGAUGGAGAGAUUCGCCCAACUUCUGCUUAAGGGCAACCCCAAGCUGAUCGAGCCACUGUUCACCGAGCGCAACUGCUACAUGUCGGAAGAGUGGCUGAAGCUGCGUGCCAUGCGCCACAGCUUUGUCAGCCAACAAGUGAUCCACCACUACGUCAGCUACAGCAAGGCACAACUGGGCGAUGCUAAGCGUGCUGCUGCCGACCGCGACGCCGGCCACAACAAGGACAUUGGACUCAGCAACAAUCAUCUGCCAAGCAAGAAGCUAUAUCAUACAGUGCGACUGCUGCAUGAGACCCUGCGCAUGCUGGAUGGCGGCGAUCCCAUGGUCUAUCUCACCGGCGAGCAUCGCGAGUACAUCAUGAACAUCAGACGUGGUAUGCUCGAGGAGAAGCAAGUGCACUCAGACGUCGACGCAUUGUUCAAGGAGGUCGAGGAGAAGGUUAAGCUGGCCAAGGAGUCCAACCCCAAGGGUAUCCCAUUGAUGGGCGACACUGAACGACUUAGUGAAUGGCUGAUUGAAAGCAGGAGAAUGGCUAUCAUGGAUAUGAAGCCAGAGGAUCGGCCAUCAUUCAGUCAAGAGCAGCUGGCCCUCCCUUCUUUACCAUCAUCAGUGCUCAAUAGUGUGAUCCUGGAGGCAAAGGAUAUACUGGAGAACAAUGGAUUCGGUGGCUCAACAAUCAUUUAUGUUGGACGAUCAGGUAGCCAUCUGCAUAACUUGGCCAGGGAUGAUUCCAAGGAGGACUGGAUCGUAGUGUUUGUUGCACCAACAGACAACAUCCUCUCACUGUCGACCAACCCAACAAGAUUGGACAAGACCACUCAAUUGGUACAGGAUACCCAAGCUGACACUACACCCGCCACUGCCACUGCUGGACAACGAGAUACCUAUGUCAAUGGCGUUCAACUCUUUGAAGUGGCCUGCUUUGUAUCAAUGCUGUGUCAAGGCAAUCAUAGAGCUGUCGAGUGCUUCUACUCUGGCGACAAUCACAAAGACACAUUGGAGAGCGAUGCCUGGUUGAGUCUAAAGUCACUCAAUAUCAACUAUCUUACCAGCAACUACACUCAUCAUUGUUGGGGUGUGGCUCAAGGACAGCUGGCCAAGGUCAAGGGAUUGAUGAACAACAAGAACAUCGAACAGUCAGUCAUCUACAAACACCUGUAUCACGCUCAGAGAUUGUUGGAGUGUUCAAGUGGUGCAUUAGCCGCAUCAAAGGCAGACCAUCGGGCAUUCACUGUGCAGUACAAUGACGAGCAUCGCACCAAUCUGAUUGCAUUAAGAGAUACAGCUGUACCAUCUUCCAAGGAAACCUUGGAUGGCGCACUACUCAACGUCACCGAACUAUGCAACACAAUGACAUUGGCACUUACAUCACUCAACGUUAGCAACACAGACAAGAAGAACUUGGAAAGCAAUCUACGAGCAUCACUGAGUCAAUGGUUAUUCAAACUAAGAAUGUCUUUAUAA